UUAUUGGUUUAUUAUUAAUUAAAAAAAAAAAACAAGAUUUAGAAAACCCAUGAAACACGGCAUUAGCCGAUUCUUCAGCCUUCCCGCAUCUCAGCUAGCUAAGCCAACACAGAAGAAGUUUCUCUCGAUUUUUUCUUCACUUUCUCGCCAUCUUUCCCGGAAAAUCUCCGAUCAGAUGUUAAAUAAGGAAGGUGAUGGGGGAAAGGAGUAUUUUCGCAAACUUUCGAGAAAAGAACUUCAAAGUUUGUGUAAGCAAUGUAGCUUGCCUGCUAGAAAAUCAAGCUCUGAAAUGGUCGAAUCGCUCGCCUUUUACUUUAUGAGGAAGGGUUUGAAUUUGGUAUCGUCAGGCACAAGCAUAGAUGGGGUUCAAGAUGCUUUACUUCACACAUCUUUGAUGCCACCAAUGCAGCCUAAGCCUGCAUUAAAUUCUAUAAAAGAUAGCUUUGAACUCAGAUCUCGUCCUGGAGAGGAGAUUUACAAAGGAAAUAGAAAUUUCAAAUGCAAUAAUUUGAAAAGUUUUGCUGGCCCUGGAGCUUAUAAUAAGGAAAGCUUUGGCAGCUUAAUUAGUAAUUUCCAAGAGCUAUCUCCAUCUCAGUUUUUUUCUCAAUCCGCUGGGAGUCAUGUCAACUUUAAGAAGCCAUUAAGCCUUGGUGGCAGGGUAGAAGAUUCACCCCAAUUUCAUGGUAGAGACAUAAAUACUGUAGCCUGUUCUAAAGAGAUUGCCUUUCCUUCUAUUACAACUAGUGCAAAUGUUCCGGCAUCUUUUGAGUUUCAUGUCAGUUCAGAAGAGGGGAUCAAACUUUGUGUUGAUUUGAAUUCAAGCCCAUUAGAGUGGAUUAAGAAAUAUAAAAAUCAGGUUUCAUUUUGUGACAACGUGGUUAAUACAAAGUCUCGAAGUCUUUAUGAAGAGCUUGGGUGUAUUGGAGAGAGUAAUAAAAAACUGAAAAGUUCUGUACUUCAGAAUACUGAUUCUAGCAAAAAUAGGGAUGACUCUGUGCAAGCUGAACCUUCUCCGAGUUCAGUUGGAGAAAAAAAUAGUCAUGCAAGGAAUGGUCAUCCAGAUGGAGGUUAUAAUUCCCUAAUCUCAUCACCUGUAAUACCAUGCAGUGUAGCUGUCGAUGUUUCCUUGUACUUAAAGGAGGAUCCAGGACUUGCCUCAGCCAAACCCAGUUCUGAUGGGCAGAAUCGCAAAAAUUUGAACACUGAAUCCUGUAACGAAAAGGAGUGCAUAGCUGCUUUUGACUCAGAUAUUACUGAUACUCCAUUAGAAAAGACAGCAUGCAAUUUUGCUGUCAACUCCAUAUCCAAUGGUUCCUUAGAUCAUAUUGCAUUGAUGCAUCAGAGUUCAAAGUGGGAUGAUGAAGCCUGUGAGAAUUCAACCCAGCAGAACAGUUGUAAUCUGGAGAAUGCUAGUGUUGUGUUUCCAGGGUGCUUUAUGGAGAUGCAGUUAUCAGAAACUGGGAAUUAUCACAAAGAUGCAUCAUGUUUACCCAAUAAAAAUGGCGAAUUCUGGGAUCCAUACGAUUCAAAGCACAAUAGAGGAUCUGAGCAAGAUGGAUUAGCCAACUCAAGUGAGAAUGAUCAUUGCAAGAACCAGAUGCCCACAUGCUCCGAAGAGCAGACCAUGGAGAUCCAAGGUAAAUCACGAGGCAAUGUACUAGGCUGAAGUUAUUCCAAAUUAUCAAAAAUUUACGGGUGAGAGUUUCAUCUUGCCCCAUUAUCUGAACUAAAAUAAUGUUGUCACUCUAUCUACCAAAAUGGAUUUGCAGCCCCUCUAUCUACCAAAAUAAAAAAGUUUUGCAAUAUCUUAUCCUGUGAUUUUGAUGAUCUUAGAUGAUCCUUGGGUUAAGUUCUGACUAAUUCAAAUAUGUCAGUGAAUGUUCCAAAGCUAUUCUGUAGAAUGGCUUUAGUUCUGACUUGUGCUAUACGAGGUGUCCACAUCUACUAUUUUGUUGGACAGUUCAUUCAUUGUAAUCUAAUUAUGGGGUGCUCUAUAUCAGCUAAAUAUUAGCAUUUGCCCCUGAGAUCAUGAUUCAGAUGAUUUGUUGUUGCUUCUAUCUGACAUGUUUUUGCUUUAAUUUUGUUUGUGUUUGUUGCUUGGGGAACUGAAUUAGAGGUAGUUUUAUGUGUUCUGCGAUGCAAAUUUCCCUCUGUUUUGUUGACAGAACUGCAAGUUUUGAACUGUCAGUUAGCAAUUAUCCUUGAUUUGUAUCGUGAGAUUCACAAAUUUUAAGCAGAAGACAGUUUGUAUAUCCACUACUCUUAACUCUCUCAUGGCUGGUCUCUUUGUAUAAGUUGGGCAAAAAUCUUCCUGUCCCUAUCAUGCAUUGAUCUUAUGCGCUGCAACAGCAUGCAAAAGAAGGAAUCCAUAAGUUGACUGCUAUAUGGAAGCUUGUUGAAACAUUUUUGUUUGUUUAAAUGCAAGAUUCUAAUUCAUCUUAUGUGAUUCCAAAACUUUUGUUGUAAGAUAUCCACAUCUAUUUUUGGUUUCUGCCAAGUAUACCUAGUGAACUUAAUGAGUUAGAACCACAUUCUACCUU